UCGAGAAUCGACAGAAAACGGCCAAUCGAAUCAACAAUCGUUUUUCAAAUAAAAGUGGAAAAGUCGAUAACGGAGGGUGACUUGAUAACGGGAAUCCAUUGGGGAAAAAAGGAAAACGAAGUUCAAAUUAAUCCCGUUUGUUUCCUGGAGGAAAAAAGUCUCAGUUAGAGUCCGGAAUCUUGGAAAACGGAGGAGAUUAUCUAUCGCCUAGGUCAAAAUACGCCCCAAGAACUGUUACAGCCGGUAAAAAUGAGGAAAAACUUUAAGUGAGCAGCUGUCGAAUUCGCCCAGUCGGUGAAUAUCGUUUUAAAAACGAUAAAUAGCUCGAAAAAACAGGUUUUGUCUAAUUUUCCCAGAGUUUUUGUACAAGGGGGUUUUUCUUGGAACAACACGGUCCUAGGAGGUCCGUCUGCGAGGGUGACUUGAUAUCGCCUAGGUGAAGGGAGGGGGACGGAAGGUUCGCCGAGGCCUUUUCUCGCCUCACAGAAGAGCCAACAUGGCGGAGAUGGAGUCUAUAGAGGAUUGCGGUUUUCGAGAGGAGUUCGUCUUCGUCGAGGAGUACUUCCCGCUGGACCUCCAUGAGGAGGAAGUGGUCGCAGAGACGGUCGAGACCGAGGAGGUCGUCGCCGAAGAACAAGAGGAAAACGACGAGGUCAUACACGCUACCAAUAGUAUUUUACCAGAGGGUUAUGACCCGAUGGAUCCAAACCAGUGGGCGCAAGAAGAGGUAAUUAUUGAAUCUUCUGAACCAAUAAUCAAAGAAGAAAAUGAAGAGCAAGCUCAUGUCUAUGAGUGUUACAAAUGUGCCAAAAGAUUUAACUACAAAGAUAAACUAUUCAAGCAUAUGAAAUUGCACCAUGCAAGAGGAGAUGAUAUGAUGAUAGAAAGAGAUGGCAAAAGAAUAUGGACAUGCACACAAUGCGACAAAACUUUCAUAUCUAGGAAGGGCUCUAUUAUUCAUCAACGGACUCAUACUGGCGAGCGCCCUUAUUCAUGCAGCGUGUGCCAGAAACGUUUCAUAGAUAGCAGUACAUUGAUGAAGCAUCAGGUGAUUCACCAAGCAGUGCGCCCUUUUAGCUGCCUGAUUUGUCGAAGAGGCUUCAAUCAGAAAGUGGCACUUCAGCGCCACGAGAGGACCCAUGGCCAACUUCAGCCGACUUACAAAUGCAAAUUCUGCCCUAAAACAUUUCUGGUAGCGAGCAGUCUACAAGCGCAUGAAAAAAUACAUUCAGGUAUCAAGCCCUACACAUGCCAAUAUUGCCCGAGCCGUUUCCACACAUCUACCGCUCAGCGACAGCACGAGAGAGUACAUACAAACGAGAGGCCAUAUGCUUGCAGUUAUUGUCCUAAAGCAUUCAAAGACAGUGGAACUUUGUUUAAGCAUCAAGUCAUCCACUCUGGGAUUCGACCUUUUGUCUGUCCUAUCUGCUCCCAGGGCUUCACACAAAAAGUAGCCCUCCGCAAGCACAUUCGAUCACAUGUGUCAAGAAAUCAGGACAACACGUGCGAAAUCUGCGCGACACAAUAUUUCAACAAAGACGACCUUUGUAUUCACAUAGAAGCCCAUAUUGAGACCCACCCUUCAUUAUCACAUGUGAGGAAUGUUGCGACAUCGUCUUUGAAGAAGCAGGAAAUGAUUCAAGUAACGCCUGUUAAAGCUGCUUCUCCUGAACCAGAAAGAACAGAGGAGAGCGACAUGAGCGAUCUAGCGACUUUGUGCGACGUCGCUAUAUCCACAGCCGGCGAUUUGGCCCAUAGUUACCCAUGCCUUCACUGCGGUAUGAGCUUCAGGCGGAAAAAGUCGCUCGACUCUCACUUAUCGAUUCACAGAAUGACGUGCAAGUACUGCGAGAGACCAUUUCCGGAUAAAGCUUCUCUUGAAACUCACGAGCGUAAAUUGUGCAACUUGGCAAAUUCGGUCCAGCAGCAGCAAGCCCCUAGGCCUUCUACACAGUCUGACCAAGCUCCUACGAAGACCACCACUGUUCAGACAGGGACAAAACAGCCCAAAAGAUUUUUUUACUGCGAAAGAUGUGACAAAACCUUCAGCUCUAGAAAUGGGUAUAUUAUCCACCAAAGGAGUCACACUGGCGAACGGCCUUAUCCAUGCCGCUGGUGCAACAAAGCUUUUGGAGAUUCAGCUACAAGACAUAAGCAUGAACGAAUUCAUACUGGAGAAAGACCAUUCAAAUGUCCUAGGUGUCCUCGUGCAUUCAACCAAAGAGCUGCACUCCGUGCCCACCAGAUAACCCACACCGUCGAUAGGGCCUUCUUAUGCAAGUAUUGCCCAUCCUCAUUCCCAUAUUUUGCGACGUUAAAACGACACCAGCAAUCGUGUCACAGUCAAAUCCCUUGUCCAAUCUGCUUCACGUUCGUGCCUGAUGGGAAAAAACUGCAUAACCACAUAAAAGAGGAGCAUGCUGUCGAAAACAACCUCUCUUGUACGAUUUGCGAUUCUGGUAUUUUCACUGAUGCGGACGAAUACUGUGAUCACAUGGUUUGGCACGGGAAGCAACAACAGCCUAACAAAGACACAACUAGUCAGCAUGAAGAGGUACCUAUUAACGAUGACGAAAGAAACGAUGAUCAAGACAAAAGCGAUGAAAUCCAGUUCGAGCAGUUGCAUGAAGGAGUUGUUAAAGAAGAAAUUGUAGAAGAGGAAACAGAAGAAGUUGUUUUAGAAGAGGAAGAGUUUCACCCUGAGGAAUACCAAGAAGAGGAAGAGGAAGAAAUGGUUCAAAGGGAAGAAAUAAUCGAACAGACAAUUGUUACCGAUGACUUCCCAAUCGUCGAAGAGGCUUAUCCUUGUGACAUGUGUGGAAUUCUUUUCCAAGACAAGGAGCUCCUUAAAGAGCACAUACCUCUUCAUUUCUAGCUUGUUAAGCGUUAAUACUAUUCUUAAUUUGUAAAUAUAAGAAAAAAAACAUGAUUCACAAUUAAAUGUUUUAUUUUUAAAUAUUACCAACUGGCUUUUAAACAUUAUUUGUCUUGUAUUUAAUUAAGCUGUGUAUAUGUAAUUACAUAUGCAAUAAUUUCCACAUGUUAUAUAUAUGCUUUUUCUUUUGUAUGUUGUGUACAUAGUGUUAGACUUAUCAGCAAUAGAUGUGAACGAAUUUUAACCUCA